AUGGCGCCGCUUUGCACCUCGGCAGAGGUCAACCUCUUGGUAUACCACUACCUCAAGGAGUCAGGCUUCCACCAUGCCUCCUUCUCAUUACGGCACGAAUCACGUCUAGACGAUGAGCCACUCUCCAAGGAAGCCAUCAUUGAACCUGGCCAACUCAUUCGCUUUCUGCAAAAGGGGCUCAUCUACGCGUCCGUCGAAGCACAUAUCCAAGAGGAUGGUACAGAGAAGCCUUGCUCUUCCACCAUCCGCUUGGUGGGCCCACCACACAACUGCGAUGGCAAAUCUCGACUCACACCCCCGCCGGCAAGUCCCACAAGACUAUCACCAGAGCCGGACCCAUUCGCAGCACAGCGACCUCGGCCAUCCCACAAGGAGGCAGCCACGCAAACACCGCCAGCUCCCCCCACCACCACCGGUACAAAGCCAGUUAACGGUGUCCACAGCACAAGAGUCGCACGUUCGUCGUCUUCACUACGAGCCGAAAGCAUGGAUCGAUCCUCCAAAGUAGCAUCCUCCUCUAAGAAAAAGCUCGACGAAGCCGUCGAGAAUGAGGACGCUUCCUCCGGCGCCUCCAAACCCAAGGAUGCCAAGCGCAAGGCUUCCGCAUCCGUCGCCUCAGAUGCAGACCGCGAGGACAAGCGGGUUCGCAGGAGUGAUUCAGGCGCAAAGGCAGAUGACGCGGUCGCAUCGGAGACGCACACCGAAGGGGACGAGCAAACCUCGUCUCGCAAGGAUCGUCGGAACGGCGAAGUUGACUCGCGAUCAGCGUCUCCAAACCCCGACAAGAAGCAGGCAAGCAAGGACAAGGAACCAAGCGGCAACAAGAAGAAGAAGGGAGGAAAGUCGACGGCGGGCGAGAAUGGCGAGGCAAUCAAGAAGCGCGGAGACAAGGGCAAAGAUCCAAAGGUGCCCGUCCCGCAACCGAAAGGCAAUAACUUUAUCGAGGAUGGCCAGAUCACCACAUUGGCAGGACACACUGGCGAAGUCUUCAUCUCUGCCUGGAAUCCAUCCGUGCCCAACAUGCUGGCGUCAGGAGGCGGCGAUGCCACCGUGCGCAUCUGGGAGGUGCCGGACAAGGCAGGUGAAUCGCCCGAAGCGCCGACCAUCUGCAAGCAUCUUCCUGCAACGCAGAGCAAGGACAUUUCGACGCUCGAUUGGAAUCCGGAUGGCACGUUACUUGCAUCUGGCUCGUACGACGGUAUCGUCCGGCUCUGGACCCCACAAGGCGACCUGCAUCUCGUCAUGUCAAUGCACCAGGGUCCCGUCAUCAGCGUGCGCUGGAACCGCAAAGGUAAUAUGCUGCUCACUGGCAGUGCAGACGGCACUAUCAUUGUCUGGGACCUGAAUAGUGGCAAGCCCCGACACACGUACCCGCUCCACAGCGACAGUGUGCUGGACGUCGAAUGGCUCUCGACCGCCGACGGCUCACUCAAACCCAACUCAUCGUCGGAAGCACCACCGCCCAUGCCGCACGGUCUGAGCCCCUCGGUCGCCGACAACUACUUUGCCUCGUGCUCGGCGGACAACAGCAUCGCCCUCUGCAAGCUCGGCGAGCCCAAGCCCGUCAAGUCGUUCAAGGGUCACACGGACGAAGUCAAUGCAAUCCGCUUUGACCCGUCUCAGACGCUGCUGGCGUCUGUCUCGGAUGACACGACUGCCAAGAUUUGGGCUCUGGACAUUGGAGCGAAUGGAUUCGGUGGAGCGUCUGCAGGUGCCGCUGGAUCAACAGGAGACCACUUCCGCAAACGCGCUUCGCAGCGCCGUGGCGGAAGCGCACACUUGGAAGGCAUGGAUGUGGACGAGGAGACCACGCCGCGUGCCGCAGAGGACAGCGGUACUGAUCGCGAACGAGAAAAGGAGCGUGCCACUCCUGGCUCUGUCGGUGGCGCUGUAGCAACAGCAAGUGUGGCCAGCACGAAAGAGCGCGGGUCACCAGCACCGCCAAGCAAUGGGCAGUCGACCACGGCUUCCACUCCGGGUGCGUCAUCGAACCUUCUCACAACCACAGCCAAAGGUCCCAACAAAGGGUUGAGGCUCACGCUCGCCGGCCAUACCAAAGAGCUCUACGCUCUCGCAUGGUGUCCCACGGGCCCUGGCUCCGCGAAUCCGGACCAGCCCAGGAUGCUGGCCACGAGCUCCUUUGAUUGGACGGCCAGGCUGUGGAAUGCCGACAAUGGCGACUGCCUGCGUGUCAUUGACGCGCACGAGGACAACGUCUACACUCUGCGAUUCAGCCCGUGCGCUCGCUACCUCGCUACGGGCGGCAUUGACAAGAAAGUCAUCAUCUCGCGCGUCGACAACGGUGCGCUUGUGCAACAGUACCUCGGUGGAGGCGCCAUCUUUGACAUUGCAUGGAAGGACCUCCAUGAUUCAGUCGAGACCAAGCAGGAAGAUGGAGAGAAGAGCGAAGGCGGCGAGCUCAAGCUAGCCAAGCGUCACCAGCUCGCCAUCUCGCAGGCCGACCGGAAGCUCAGCGUGCUCAACAUUGGCGAUCUGGACACCGUCGAGCCAACCGCUAGCUUCAAAGCGCCUCCACCGGUCGAGGUUAAGACCGAGGCGAGCACGGGCAGCGAAAAGCCUCCCAAGAAGCAAGCGCGUGGUGGAGUGUGA